AUGUCUUCUAAAAUCGCAUCCUGCGCCCUGCGCUCGGCAGGCCGAGUCAGCUUGAGCUCAGGCUCUCGUGUUACUGUAGCCCCUCUACGAGGCAUGGCUCGCGCAGCUGCUGUGGCGAGGCGAACAUCACGACGAGGAUACGUUUCCGAGACCAAGAGGGAUAACGCUCAGGUUGAGACGGCCAUUAAGCUUGAUAAGAAGGCCUUUGCCGAUAUUCCCCCCCCUGAUACUCCCUCCAAUGCCAAGGUUAGCCCAAUGGCUGAGGUCUUGAAGCAAGCAGCAGUUAUGGAAGAAGGCCAGCGCCCUAUUUACCUUGAUAUGCAGGCUACCACACCUGUCGAUCCUCGAGUCCUCGAUGCUAUGAUGCCUUUCUACGUCGGCGUCUUCGGCAACCCUCAUUCGCGGACACAUGCCUACGGCUGGGAGAGCGAGAAGGCUGUGGAGGAUGCGCGUGAGCACAUCGCUAACCUCAUUGGCGCUGACUCGAAAGAGAUCAUCUUCACUAGCGGUGCAACCGAGAGUAACAAUAUGAGCAUCAAGGGAGUCGCUCGUUUCUUUGGCCGUUCUGGCAAGAAGAAGCACAUUAUCACAACACAGACUGAGCACAAGUGUGUACUCGAUAGCUGCCGUCACCUUCAGGACGAGGGUUUCGAUGUGACAUAUCUGCCUGUACAGAACAAUGGUCUCGUUAAGAUGGAGGAUCUCGAGGCUGCUAUCCGACCCGAUACUGCUCUUGUCAGUGUUAUGACUGUCAACAACGAGAUUGGUGUUAUUCAGCCCAUUGAGCAGAUCGGCAAGCUGUGUCGAUCAAAGAAGAUCUUCUUCCACACUGAUGCUGCCCAGGCUGUUGGCAAGAUCCCCCUCGACGUCAAUGCCAUGAACAUUGACUUGAUGUCUAUUUCAUCACAUAAGAUUUACGGCCCCAAGGGUAUUGGCGCCUGUUACGUCCGAAGACGUCCUAGGGUCAGAUUGGAUCCUCUUAUUACCGGCGGUGGUCAGGAGAGAGGUCUUCGAAGUGGAACUCUUGCUCCGUCACUCGUUGCUGGCUUUGGCGAAGCUUGUCGCAUCGCCAAGGAGGAGAUGUCUUACGAUACAAACCGUAUCAAGUACCUCUCAGACCGUCUGCUCAACGGCCUUUUGACAAUGGAGCAUACAACACAGAAUGGAGCUCCCGAUUCGUUCUAUCCUGGCUGCGUUAACGUCUCUUUUGCUUACGUCGAGGGAGAAUCGCUCCUGAUGGCUCUCAAGGAUAUCGCUUUGUCCUCAGGCAGUGCCUGUACUUCUGCCUCAUUAGAGCCUAGCUACGUUUUACGUGCUCUUGGCAACAGUGACGAGAGCGCUCACAGCAGUAUCCGAUUCGGUAUCGGUCGCUUCACAACUGAGGCGGAGAUUGAUUACGUCCUAAAGGCGGUGCAAGAGCGGGUUACCUUCUUGCGAGAGCUGAGCCCUCUAUGGGAGCUUGUACAGGAGGGCAUUGACCUCGAUACCAUUCAGUGGAGCCAACAUUAG